ACCUUCACUUUUCGUCCCUCUUUGUCUCUUCGCUCUCAGAGAGUACUGCUGAGGUUGAAGAAAGAAGAAAGCGUAUAGGAAAGAGCAAAGCAAACUUCAAAGCUCAACGCUUUAUCUAUCCCUCUUUCUUCUUCAUGUAGAUGCUCUUUGAAAACCCUAACUCGCUCUCCUACCCGACUCAGCUCGACUUGGUCUGUUAUUCUCACUCCCCAUGGCCAACAACCCCUCUGAAGCCCCGGCUGACGAUUUCCUCGAGCAAAUUCUUGGCCUGCCCAACUUUGCUUCGGCAGAUGCUAAUUUGGCUGGAAACGACGGAGGCUUGACCGGGGCUCAGGUGUCUCCGUCUCCGAUGAUGCUUCAGCUAAAUUCCGGCGAUGGCUCCGGCCAUAUCGCCGCCGUCGGCGUCGGUGGUGGGUACCGUGGACCGGUGUUCCCGUUAGGGUUGAGCCUGGAGCAGGGAAAGGCUGGAUUUUUGAAACCCGAGGAGGCUUCAGGGAGUGGGAAGCGGUUUCGAGACGACAUGGUUGAUAGUAGAGGUUCAUCUGUGAAAAAUGUUUUCCAUGGUCAACCAAUUUCCAAUUCAGUUGCUGCAGCACCACAUCCACCGGCUAUGCGACCAAGGGUGCGGGCUAGAAGAGGACAAGCCACAGAUCCACACAGCAUCGCUGAGCGGUUGCGCCGAGAAAGAAUAGCAGAAAGAAUCAGGGCAUUGCAGGAACUAGUUCCUAGCGUCAACAAGACGGAUAGAGCUGCCAUGCUUGAUGAAAUCAUGGAUUACGUGAAGUUCCUAAGGCUCCAAGUGAAGGUUUUGAGCAUGAGUAGAUUGGGAGGAGCUGGUGCUGUAGCACCACUUGUAACGGACAUUCCACUAUCUUCAGUUGAGGAAGAAGGUGGCGAAGGUGGUAGAAACCAACCAGCAUGGGAUAAGUGGUCAAACGAUGGCACAGAACGGCAAGUAGCUAAGCUUAUGGAAGAAAAUGUUGGGGCAGCAAUGCAGUUCCUUCAAUCAAAGGCUCUUUGCAUCAUGCCUAUCUCACUGGCCUCAGCAAUUUACCACACACAACCACCAGACACAUCUAGUGUUGUGAAGCCUGAAAUGAACCCUCCUUCAUAAGAGACCUCAGAAAAAGAGUAGGUAUGCAUUCCCAUGGUCCCACCGAAAAACUCACUAGAUGCUCGUGGGUCCCAUGCCUUAUUUGUCGUUUUCCAAUCCCCCGUAGCUUUAGUUGUUUCCUCAGCUUCAAAUUGCAUUCAAAGUCAGAUGCCAUAGUUGUUGCUUUUUGCCUUUUCUUUCAACUUUUGUCAAAACAGGGAUCGAUGUCAAUGCCCUAAAAAAAUACUAGCAGGCCCCUUCAUGUCUUGCCAGGUUCAAGUAAAGGAGAAGAAUUGUCAAAGCUCACUUGAUAUGCUCUUCUUUUUUUGUAUCAAUGGUGGGGGUAGUGGAAAAUGAUGGAAGCCCUUUUCUAGUGGGGCUCUCAUUGUUGCUCAGUGGGCUGUGGGGCCUACUUUCGCAAAGGAUUAGA